CGCUAGGAAAACAAAUAUGGCGGAACGUGAACGCAAAGAAAAAUAAAAAAAAUUAACUAAAUCGCAAUCGCAAGCAUCAUCCAAAAUCGGCCAAUGCAAAAUUGUUGAGAAUUUAUAAAUUAAUAGUUCCGUCUGUGCGGUUUCUCAUGUGUGUUGGUGUGAUCGCGCGGUGCUGCAAUGCAAUUUGUAGAAUCAACACAAAUACAAAUUUGUUAUUACGUGACCUCGAGAACGCCGCUAAAAUUGAAUUACCCCGAGCAUUGGCAAAAAGAGUUAUUUUUCGGUAAAACGAACUCAACAGCAAAUGCGAUACUGCGAGUGCGUACUGCGUCACAGAUGCAGUUCAACUAACUAAAAACUGUAAAGUGAAAUAACAAAUAAAAACAAAUAAAAAAACGUAAAUAAGACGAAAAAAACACCGCAAAAAUGUCUGGCGGACGCGAAAGCAGCGCCAGCGCUAGCAGCGGCAGCGGUAGCGGCAGUAACGGCAACAAUGCUUCCAACUCCAGUGGCACGCCGCAAACGCCGACGCAACAGCGCGCCCGCGGCCGUCCUGCAAAGCGGGCGACCUGCACUUGGUGCACCGAGGGCAAGCUGCCGCUGCAGUACGUCCUGCCCACACAGACGGGCAAGAAGGAGUUCUGCUCAGAGACGUGCAUCGCCGAGUUCCGCAAGGCGUACAGCAAGGGGGCGUGCACGCAGUGCGACAACGUGAUACGCGAGGGGGCGCCCAAUAAGGAAUUCUGCUCCAUGAUGUGCAUGAAUAAGCACCAAAAGAAGAACGGCUCAACGCGGCACAGCGGCGCCGGCGCAGCUGGCGUUGCCGGCGGUGCUGAUGGCGAUCGAAAGUUGCUGAGCAGUGGUGCACCGGCGCCUACAGGUCCCUUCCAGUACGAGAGCUUCCAUGUGUUCGAUUGGGACGCCUACCUGGAGGAAACGGGCAGCGAUGCGGCACCAGCCGAGUGCUUCAAGCAGGCGCUAAAUCCGCCCAACAACGACUUCAAGAUUGGCAUGAAGCUGGAGGCGCUAGAUCCACGCAACGUCACGUCCACCUGCAUUGCGACGGUGGUGGGCGUGCUCGGCUCACGACUGCGUCUGCGCCUGGAUGGAAGUGAUUCCCAGAACGAUUUCUGGCGCUUGGUCGACUCGAACGAGAUCCAUGCUAUCGGACACUGCGAGAAGAAUGGUGGCAUGCUGCAGCCGCCGCUUGGCUUUCGCAUGAAUGCUUCCAGCUGGCCAGGCUACCUCUGCAAGAUACUCAACAAUGCUAUGGUCGCGCCGGAGGAAAUUUUCCAGCCGGAGCCGCCGACACCCCCAGAGAAUCUCUUCAAAGUGGGUCAGAAACUGGAGGCGGUGGACAAAAAGAAUCCCCAACUGAUUUGCUGCGCAACAGUUGACGCCAUCAAGGACGAUCAGAUCCACGUCACCUUCGAUGGAUGGCGCGGCGCCUUCGACUACUGGUGCAAUUAUCGUUCACGUGACAUAUUCCCCGCUGGCUGGUGCGCACGAAGCUGCCACCCGAUGCAGCCGCCGGGCCACAAGUCGCGCAUGGAUUCCAGCUCAGGCAAGCAGCGCUGCCCACGUCCCAAAUAUACAGUUGUCGCCGAAUCGGACGCUAUGGUAGCCGCCUCGCCAGUGACGGCGCACUUUCACACCAACUGCAAGGGAGGGCCGUUCAUCAAUGGCUCCAAGCUGCCGUCUAUGGUGACGGGACCCACGCAUCAGACGCUCGCCAAGCUGUGCCUGCAGGAGGUGUUGGCCGCUAGCACGGACACGCAGCAGCUUUCCAAGUUGCUGUUUGCACUCGAUGGAGAUGUGCAUAUUGUGACUGCAGCUGGAAAGAAUUUCACUGUUAAAAUACCGUCGCCGCUGCGCAUGAAGGACGACGAGAGCCUGGCGCUGUUCAUAGAGACGUUGUGCACCACAUGCCGGGCAUGUGCGAAUCUCAUCUCGUUGGUGCCGGAGACCGAGGAGUGCAAGAAGUGUGCGCACAGUCGCAAGCGUCAGCUGGUGCAGACUUCUACGCCGCCAUCAUCGCCUGUGCUUGCCGAGAAACGAGGUCGUCAAUCAAAAUCCGCCACGCCCACGCCCGCGCCCACUUCGCCCGCUGAGAAGCCGAUGAUUAUAAAACAGGAGGCAGGUGUCAAACCGCAACCACAGCAGCAGCAACAGCAGCAGCCCGCAAGCAAAACACAUACAAAUGCCACAAAGGAACCGCUUAGCCACAAAAACAACAACAAUAUUAAUAAUAAUAAUAAUACCAACAACAACAAUAACAAUACUAGCAACAGCAACAGUGGCAAACUGGCCAUCAAAUCUGAGCAAAAUGGUGUAUCAGCGACACCCGCAACGCAGUCGCAGAACCAGAGCCAAGCACAAGCGCUGCGGAAGGUGCGUUUCCAGCAUCACAACAACAAUGGCAACAACCAGCAGGAGACAGGAUCAACUGGCAGCAACAACACCCACAACAGCUCCACAUCUUCCAACUCCAGCACCAGCAGUAGCAGCAGCGGCAGUCUAGCCGGCAGCACAUCAAAUGCAAAAUAUUUGGCACCCCUCGUCGCCGAGGUGCAUCCAGAGCAGCUAAGCGCUAAGCCACCAAGCAGCUAUUACAAAUCUCCAACGACAUUGUCGUCGAGCGCCUCCUUUCCUUCGUCGGUAUCCACGCCUUUUACCGCUUCACAGUCUGCCUGCCCAGCGGCACCGGCAGCCAGUGCCGCCAAAGCGGCAACAGCGCCCGUGGCGGCAGCAGCUGCCUCGAGCAGCUAUACGGGCAUAGCCAUUACCUCACCACUAAGCACACCCACAUCGGCAUCGGCUGCGUGUUCGCAGCUGCGAGCGCAGCCCAUCGACUGGUCCAUCGAGGAGGUCAUCCAGUACAUUGAGAGCAAUGACAACUCGCUGGCAGUGCACGGAGAUCUCUUUAGAAAACAUGAAAUCGAUGGCAAGGCAUUGUUGCUACUUAACUCGGAGAUGAUGAUGAAAUAUAUGGGCCUGAAGCUGGGGCCAGCCUUAAAAAUAUGCAAUCUAGUGAAUAAGGUCAACGGACGCAGGAAUAAUAUGGCUUUGUAAAUGGGAUGAAAACGAUAAUUAAGGAUAUACAUAUAUGGAUACGGCUAUGGAUAUGGAACAAGAUAAGGCGCAAGGAACGGAUCAAAGCCAUCGCCGAAGUGUUAACAAAUUAGUACCUCCUUAAUAUGAUAAACAAGAAAAACUUCAGAUAACCAGAAAACAGAUACGAAAUGUGCUCGGGCAUCUAUAGAGCUGAGGCACAUUAACAAUUUAAUUAUAAAUAUUUAAUUUUCAACCCAACAUUCUAAAGCGAAUAAUGUUAAACAUGCGCGAAGAAAACCAAAACAAAUGUCGAGAAAAAAAAAAAAAAAAAAAAGAAAA